UACUACAGGCGCAUGCGCACCUCACUAAGUGGGCGGAGCCAUUAGCCGGACCGGCGGAUUGUAAACAGCAAGCUAGCCAUUAGCUGGCAUCUAGAGGGCGGAUAUAAGAGGAGAAAAGUGUCGGUGAGCUCCAGGAUGAAGGCUUCCUGUCUGCGCCUCCUGCUGCCUCCUCUCCGCCUGCUGACCGGCGCCAUGUGGCAGGUGGUCCAGCAGCAGAGCCUGAAGCAUUAUGGGAUGCUGGAGGAGUUUGUGUCCAUGGUGACGGAGGCCGUCCCCCAGCUGCUGACCGACAGGCAGAGAGGUCUCCUGCUGCUGGCUCUGAGGGCCAAGGCCUCCCUCUGCGGUCCCGCUGACGACCCGACCCGCCUGGAGAAGAUCCGCUCCGUCUGCCACGCUGCGCAGCAGGACCAGGAGCUCUCUCACUGCUGCUCCGCGCUGCUCGCUCUCACCACCCAGCUGGCCGAGGCUCCUGCUGACUCUCGCCGCCUCCUGCAGGAGGUGUUCAACCGGAGCUUCGACUCCGCCCUGCAGUCCCUGGUGUCGGACCUCCUGUCCCGGCUGGAGCAGCUGUUUCCGGUGCCAGACUUCAGACAGGCUGCCUCUUGGCUCCUGGACGCCCCCGGCGCUCUGGAGGACUCUCUGCAGGAGACGGACAGGGAGCACCUGAGGGAGCUCCUGGCCGAUCAGAGCUGCCACCUGGGCCGAGCGACGACCACAGUCUGUGGAGAAACGGAGGAGACGCUGCUCUCAGCCUGGUCCCACCCCCUCCUCACCAAGCCCCGCCCCCCCGGCCCGGCCCACUACCCGGAGAUCUCUCCUCAGCAGCUGAACGCGGAGCUGAUGAAGGUGGAGGUGGUGGUGCUGAUGGAGGAGGAGCAGCAGGUGGGGGAGGAGACUGUGAUUGGCCAGGAGGCGUCAGAGGAGCAGGCGUCCAAUCAGAGCUCAGAGGGGGACGGCCGCAGCGAGGACAGGACCGAGGAGUCACCUGGAGACGGCGGCGGCCAAUCAGAGCGCUGCGAGGAGUCCAGCAGGAUUUCCCACAGUCCUCAGCGUGUGGCUCAUAAAUGCCCGCAGUGCAGGAAGUGCUUCAUCUACAGGUCUCAGGUGAUCCGCCACCUGCGCUCCAACAGGACCUGCCGAGUGGGAGCGCCCAAGGAGGCGCCUGAGGAGGCGCCCUCGUCCCCGCGGCACACCUGCUUCCAGUGCGGCGCCACCUUCCAGAGCGGCGGCGAGCUGCUGACCCACCGGCGGCGCCACCAGAGCCGCCCCGUCUACCGCUGCCCCCAGUGUGACCAGACCUUCCAGCAGCUGUCCAGCCUGACCAAUCACAGGAAGGCGCACCUGGACGCGGAGGCCUUCGCCUGCGGCAGGUGCAGCCGCACCUUCCCGUCCUCCGAGGAGCGGGACGCCCACCGCCUGCAGCACCGCCAGCCCGACCUCAGCUGCUCCGUGUGCGCGCAGACCUUCGGCUCGCAGACGCUGCUGCUGCGGCACCUGCAGACGCACGCCGCCGCCGGCGCCCCGUGCGCCUACAGGUGUCUGUUCUGUGACCAGAGCUUCUCAGGAGUCACCCUGCUGCGGAUCCACCAGCGCACCCACAGCGUGCGCUCCUACCGCUGCGACCGGUGCAGCAAGUCCUUCGGCUCGGCGGCGGGGCUGCAGUCCCACCGCGCCACCCACGCCAGCGGCAGCCGCUUCCUCUGCCCCCAGUGCGGCAAGUGCUUCAAGACCCGCGACGGCCUGGAGGGCCACCUGAGGACCCACAGCGGCGAGCGGCCCUUCCGCUGCCCCUACUGCCCCAAAGACUUCACCGCCCUGGCGGGCCUCAACGUGCACGUGAGGCGGCACACGGGCGAGCGGCCGUACGCGUGCACGGUGUGCGGCAAGGCGUGGCCGUCCGGAGGAGACCUGCAGAAGCACAUGAGGGUCCACACUGGAGAGAGGCCCUACGUGUGUCAGGAGUGUGGGAAGGCCUUCUCCAUCUCCUGCCACCUGACCGAGCACCGCCGCAUACACACAGGAGAGAAGCCCUACUCGUGUCCUGAAUGUGGGAAAGGUUUACGGCGGAAGUUCGACCUGAAGAAGCACAUGAUGUCCCACAGCAACAUCCGUCCCUACGCCUGCACCUUCUGCUCCAAGAGCUACACCCGACAGACUCACCUGAACCGACACCUGCUGACCCACAGGACGUCUGACGGGCAGGUGGAAAAGGAGGCGGAGCCUGCCGACAAGAUCCCAUAGACCUGCUGCUGUGGUGUCUGGUUAACCCUUGGAGGAGAUGUUCAGUCUUCUGAUGGAGUUUUCUACUUUUCCACUGAGUUAAAUACCUGUUGUGAUGGCUGGAUAGACCGCAUACCUGUGGCUACGCUGCGUUUAAAGACCACCUGGAACUCUGGCUUUCUGAGCGCCUCACAGGAUCUGAACGUUCCUUUAGGAACAUUUAAAAACAUCCCUUUGAAGGGAAAAUCUGAUAUUUAGCCCAGCGGCGCUUCAGUCUGACUACAUGGUGAUAAGCAGGAUUAUUUCCUGACCACUUGGUGUUUUCGCCUUCAGUUCGGGUUCUUUUAGCCCAUUUAGCCAACAUGUAAAUAUGGGAAUUUGUUGUGUUACAGGAACCUCAGCAUGUAGAACAUUGAUUUAUCAGGCAUCUUUGCAGAACUUCACUUGUUUUGAUGUUUCUUUCUGAGCAGAACCUGUCAAUAAAACACCAGGAGGUCCGAUCGGA